CCAUCGUCGAGUUUCAUCUGGCGGCAGUUCUCCGUUAACUUGGCGGGGAUUUGAAGUCAGCAAUACCCACAAAAAUAGCGUCGUAGGCUUUGUGCACCAUAGCAUUUUUCCGAGAUGUGACAGACUCACUUGUACCGUACACAUUGUGUCCCACUGCUUCAGCUUGGCGCUCCUUCGCUUGUGAUCCAGAGAUCCCGUGCCUACCCAUGAGCAGCCAACCUAUCAAAAUCCUAUUCUCCAAGGUUUAUCGUCGGAACAAUGCUCAGCUCGCCUUGAUAGUACGAUUGUUCAGGCGGCGUACAUCCUGUCACAAAUUCUCCGUUUCAGUGAACUACCUCGGUGUAAAGAACUCAACUAGUACCCAGACUCCUCCGCUCAAUGACUAAGGAGAAUGGUAUAUAACGUAUACAGGACUACCGAUGUCUCGUCAAGCAGUCUUCUCUCGCUAUGUUCGGCCUUCUGUCUAUCAUUACCUUGGCUUCCAUCUUGAAACGAACCACUGCUGUUGCUGUGUGGGGUCAAUGUGGGGGGAUAGGAUACACCGGCAGUACCGUCUGUGACAGUGGCAGUACCUGCACAGUUUUAAAUGCCUAUUACUAUCAAUGUCUGCCGUCCUCCAACGUACCGACUACCAGCACACCGAUUGCUACCACAACCAGUUCUGGGCCCGUUUCUACCGGGUUAAGUGAUCUGAAUGCAAAAUUAGUUGCCAAAGGCAAACAUUUUUGGGGUUCUUGUGCCGAUCAAAAUACUAUCGACAUUGCGGCGAACGAAGCCCUUUUGAUUUCUAAUUUUGGUCAGGUGACACCUGAGAAUUCCAUGAAGUGGGACGCAACCGAGAACACCGAGGGGGUGUUUACUUUCUCUGGCUCGGACUUCCUGGUCAAUUGGGCGGUAGCUAAUAACAAGAUCAUUCGUGGGCAUACCUUUGUAUGGCAUAAUCAGCUCCCUUCAUGGGUCUCCGCUAUUUCGAAUCCAGCUACACUGACUUCUGUUAUUCAAAAACACAUCGCUACUGUUGCAGGGCGGUACAAGGGCAAAGUCUAUUGUUGGGACGUCUGCAACGAAAUUCUCAACGAGGAUGGAAGUCUGCAAUCAAAUGUUUUCUACAAUGUUCUCGGAGAAUCCUUUAUUACCAUCGCGUUCCAGGCGGCGAGGGCUGCUGAUCCCACGGCAAAAUUAUACAUCAAUGACUUUAAUCUCGAUUCGAACAAUGCCAAAGUCCAAGGAAUGGUCGCUCUGGUGAAACAGAUAAACGCCAAUGGGAAGCUUAUCGAUGGUAUUGGUACCCAAAUGCAUCUACAAGCUGGUGGUGCCGGUGGUGCCCAAGCAGCUCUGACGGCACUAUCCGCGGCUGGCGUAGAAAUAGCCAUCACCGAACUCGAUAUUGUAGGCGCCAGCCCUACGGACUAUACUAACGUCGUAAAAGCCUGCGUUGCCACACCCGCUUGCGUUUCGAUUACUAGUUGGGGAGUUAGUGAUGCGAAUUCCUGGAUUGCCAGUUCUACGCCGGAUUUAUUUAAUGCCAACUACCAGCCAAAGCCAGCCUAUAAUGCAGUCAUCGCUACGCUAUCCUGAAGAGCGCCUUAAUGCGGGAUGCCCGAUAUCUUAGCUUUUUCUCAUAGGCUGACUUGCAAUGUGAAUCGUGUAUUUAUCGUCAGGAACAUCUUUUUCUGGAUAGGGUUUGUAAAAG